AUCAGAUCCAAUAUUCUCUGCUAUUCAACGACUACGAUGGAGCUAACAAUUCAAUAAAAAAUAUAUUUUACAUCGAAGAAAUGGUGAAUGAAAUAAUUUCAUUCGUUCGAAUUACACAAUUUCUAAAAAUAUUAUUUUCUAAACUUCCUGACAUUUUCAUAAUAAUUCUAAUUGAUGGUCGUCCACGAUGAUAUCAUAUUUUAACCUCGAUUAUUCACGAAUGAGAACCAUUUACAAGUCUCGUUGCAAGAAAAUUUUACGGUUAGACGGAGUCCGCUAUCGUGUUACGCAAUUGAUGUAAUCGGUCGUUGUGGAAAAGUACUAGUAGGUACUAAUAAUCACGUAUCCUAUUUCUAGUCAAUGCUUGUAGCCUACUGAGUCAAUUUUCGCAACAGUGCUGCUAUCGAGUGUGCGAAACCGGAAAAUACUUGACAAAAUAGUUGCUCCAAAACACGAAGUGACAUUGAUCAUGUCAACAGAGAGGGAAACCAGGCAUUAUUGAUUUAAAUUGCCUCGAUCAUUAUUGAGUCGAAGAAAGGAAAGGAAAAGUAGCUGAUCCAUUCCUCGAGUAUCUGUCGAGUAGUGCAUGAGUAAUAUGAGCAACGAGAAAUUCGAGUUCGCUAUAGAUCGCGGCGGCACGUUUACCGACGUGUACGCCAGAUGUCCAGGCGGGAAGAUUCGGGUGAUGAAACUGCUCUCUGUAGAUCCUGCCAACUACGAGGACGCGCCACGCGAAGGAAUUCGCAGAAUUCUCGAACAGGAAACUGGAAAGAAGAUCAAUGGGGAAAUAGAUACAUCGUUGAUAUCAUGGAUUCGAAUGGGUACGACAGUUGCUACGAAUGCUCUUUUAGAAAGAAAAGGCGCGAGAAUGGCGCUCCUGAUAAACGAAGGGUUCAGGGAUCUUCUUUUCAUAGGAAAUCAAGCACGGCCGAAUAUAUUCGACUUGCAAGUAAUUACACCGGAAGUAUUAUAUGAGAGAGUAGUCGAAGUUAAAUGCAGAGUGAUACCUGCGUUGCCUGGUAAAUGUCACUUGGAUAGUAAAAAAUGGCGCAGAGUGAAGGGAUCUACGAACGAGGAUCUUUUUAUUACUCAAGAACUCGACGAAGAGAAAUUAAAACUAGAUCUGGAGGAAUUAAGAAGAUCGGGAAUUGAAAGUUUAGCCGUGGUUCUCGCGCACAGUUACACGUUUGCGGAACACGAGAUAAGAGUAGGUGAGUUGGCGAAACUGGUCGGUUUUUCGCAAGUCUCGCUUUCUCACGAAGUUAUGCCCAUGACGAGGAUAGUUCCUCGAGGAUUCACUGCUUCUGCCGAUGCAUAUUUGACACCGCAUAUUAAACAAUACUUGCAGGGAUUCUCCUCUGGUUUCAAAGAUAAAUUGAAAGGGGUGAACGUUUUGUUCAUGCAGAGCGAUGGUGGAUUGACUCCGAUGAAUUCAUUCAACGGGUCUCGAGCCAUUCUUUCUGGUCCUGCCGGGGGUGUAGUUGGUUAUGCGAUGACUACUUAUGGCAAAGAGACCGAUUUACCGGUGAUCGGGUUCGAUAUGGGUGGCACCUCAACUGACGUCAGUCGUUAUGGUGGUAACUAUGAGCACGUCUACGAGAGCACGACCGCUGGCGUCACGAUCCAGUCUGCACAGUUGGACGUGAACACAGUUGCGGCAGGAGGUGGAUCGAUGCUUUUCUUCAGGUCGGGUCUCUUCGAGGUAGGACCUGAAAGCGCUGGAGCCCAUCCUGGUCCGGCGUGCUACAAGAAGAACGGUCCUCUGGCUGUCACUGAUGCGAAUCUAGCUUUGGGAAGACUCUUGCCGGAGUAUUUCCCCAAGAUAUUUGGUCCGAAUGAGAAUGAACCACUGGACAAGUCUCGAACGAUGGAAGCUUUCCGAACACUUACGAAUCAAAUAAACGAAUUUCUAACGACAGAGGAGCAUAGAUCGAAGAUGACCGUCGAAGAAGUAGCAAUGGGAUUCGUCAGAGUGGCCAACGAAACUAUGUGUCGACCAAUACGAGCUUUAACACAGGCAAAAGGCUAUGACACAUCUCGCCACGUUUUGGCGUGUUUCGGAGGUGCAGGUGGGCAACACGCGUGUGCCAUUGCACGUUCUCUAGGAAUGGGGACUGUCUUCGUUCAUAAAUACGCUGGAAUUUUAUCGGCCUACGGAAUGGCCCUGGCUGAUGUCGUGGAAGAAGCUCAGGAACCCAGUGCGGAAAUUUAUGAACAAGAAUCAUUUGCACGUCUGGAUGAGCGUCUAGAUGCCUUAGAAAAGAAGGUUCGAGAAAAGAUAGCAGGUCAAGGAUUUCCUGAUUCUUAUAUAGAGACGGAAUCUUUCCUGCAUUUGCGCUAUCAAGGAACAGAUUGCGCUCUAAUGUGCAUCCCUAGUAAAAAUUCUGAAAAUAACGCCACGAAGCAUGGGGAUUUCCUUACUACGUUCUUGGAAAGGUACCAAACAGAGUUUGGUUUCGUUAUGUCCAACCGAAAGAUUCUGGUGAACGACAUAAGAGUAAGAGGCACAGGAAAGAUUGAUAUCCAGGAAGAUCCACAUCUACCUUUCUCCAAUGUUUCACCAAAGGUAGAAAAGACUACCAUGGUGUACUUCGAAAAUAGUUACCAGGAGACCAAAGUGUACCAAUUGCAUUCUCUCUCACCUGGCCACGUGAUUCACGGGCCGGCCAUUAUAAUGGACAGCCUGAGCACUCUUUUGGUCGAGCCCGAUUGCACCGCAUCGAUCACAUCUCGCGGCGAUGUGAAGAUAACGAUCGGUCAAGGGCUAAGGGCCGAGGUCACGACCGAACUGGAUACCAUUCAACUGAGCAUCUUCUCUCAUCGUUUCAUGAGCAUCGCCGAACAAAUGGGCAGGAUUCUUCAGCGAACCGCUAUCUCAACGAACAUCAAGGAGCGUUUGGAUUUUUCAUGCGCGGUCUUUGGACCCGAUGGUGGUCUGGUUUCCAAUGCUCCGCACAUACCCGUGCACUUGGGUGCCAUGCAGGAAACGGUUCAAUAUCAAAUGAAGGCUUUCAACGGUGAAUUUUCAAAAGGGGACGUGAUCCUCGCGAAUCAUCCCUGCGCUGGAGGAUCGCAUCUUCCAGAUCUUACUGUCAUCACCCCCGUGUUUUACAGAGACGUAGAGAAGCCAGUGUUUUUUGUAGCCAGCAGAGGACAUCAUGCUGACAUAGGAGGCAUUACACCUGGCUCCAUGCCACCACAUUCAACCUCUUUGCUACAGGAAGGAGCGACUUUCAAGAGUUUCUUGUUGGUUCACAAAGGGGUAUUGAGAGAGAAAGAGUUGACGGAAGCGUUGAUGGCACCUGGAAAGAUCCCAGGAAGUUCCGGAACCAGAAAUCUGUCUGACAAUCUGAGCGAUCUCAAGGCUCAGAUUGCAGCCAAUCAUAAAGGGUCACUGUUAGUCAAUGAACUGAUCGAUAUAUACGGCCUCGAUGUAGUGCAAGCUUACAUGGGUCAUAUUCAACACAACGCUGAGGUUGCUGUGAGGGAUAUGUUAAAAUCUGUUGGCAAAAAGCUUCUUGAGCAAACUGGAAACACUGUAGCAACUGCAGUAGAUUAUCUGGAUGACGGAAGUCCUAUUCAGCUCCUUUUGAACAUUGACGUGGACAAGGGCGAAGCGGUCUGUGAUUUUACUGGUACAGGGUAUGAAGUAUGGGGCAACUGUAACGCGCCUAGGGCUAUUACUCUUUCUGCGUUAAUUUAUUGUCUGAGAUGCAUAGUGGGCAGAGAUGUUCCUUUGAAUCAGGGUUGCUUAAAGCCCGUAAAGGUAAUUAUUCCAAAAGGGUCUCUUUUAGAUCCUUCAGAGGAGGCAGCGGUGGUCGGUGGCAACGUGCUCACGUCGCAACGCGUAGUUGAUGUAGUUCUGCAAGCUUUCGGAGCUUGUGCAGCGUCACAGGGUUGCAUGAACAAUGUAACGCUUGGCACUGAGGAAUGGGGUUAUUACGAAACUGUUGCUGGAGGCAGUGGAGCCGGGCCAACAUGGGACGGUAGAGGAGGAGUUCACACACACAUGACAAAUACAAGAAUCACCGAUCCAGAGAUAUUAGAACUUCGUUAUCCAGUUAUUCUUAACAAGUUUUCUCUUCGACCCGGAAGCGGGGGAGCUGGUGCUCAUCCUGGUGGCGAUGGUGUCGUUCGUGAAAUGACAUUUAGAGCUCCCAUGAUGUUGUCUGUAUUGACGGAAAGAAGAGUGCAUAGCCCACCGGGACUAGCAGGAGGACGGCCAGGUCAGAAAGGACGAAACACAUUACAAAGAGCCGAUGGUAGAAGAAUUAAUGUAGGCCCCAAAACCGCGGUGCCUGUUUACCCUGGGGAUACGUUCAUUCUGGAAACUCCUGGAGGCGGUGGCUACGGUUCUCCCGGCGAAAAAAUGUCAUCGGUGCAGAAAACAUCUCAAGGAUUCGUCGAACGUGGUAGCGUGUUCGAAUAUAGAAAAGCACAAGAAUCUGUAUAAUGUAUACUUACAAUUGCACAUACUCGCUAACGACAAUAAUUAUUUUAAUAAUCGCACAAUAUUCUUAUCCUUGUAGUUAUAUCGACGAAAGACAAUAAAUGCAAAGCGAGUUAAUA